AUGUGCUUCCUGGCCAGAGACCUGGUUGUCGAGAGCAGCUUCAACCCACUGGAUAUCUCCCACUUACUGCAAGAUUUCAUCAAGCAGUUUGGCGGCACAAAAGUGGAGGUAAGGCGUCUGCAAAGGUAGGAGAGAAGCAGAUUCUCUGCUUGGUGUAGGGGAGGCCACCUCAUGCCAUUGGGUGGCCAGGACACAUGUUAGUUGAGAGGGGCCUGGCAAUGUCAGGACAAGAACCUCAGCCAAGGGUCCUGAGAAACAUGGCUUCAGGAAUGGGGAAUUCUCCUCCUUCUGGCGCCCUGGAGCUGCCUGGGUCCAAUACUCCCCAGGACCCUGAGUGGUACCUUGGAAGGAAGAGGCUGUGGUGGCACAGGUCAAGGGUCCCUCUUUCAAUGAGGGAUGGAGGGAUCCGCCUGCAGACAGCCCCGCUUCCUUGUACUCUCCAAGCAACUCUCUCCUUUUCUCUGACAGGUGAAGGUGCUGCUGGAGGCCUUCUGUAAGAUCAGCCAGGGGCCUACAGCGGAAGGCAGAAGUAUGGCCGUCUUCUCGUUGUCCAUCUUGUCGCACCACCACCUGGCGAAAGUGGUGCAAUAUCUCCUCCAGUUUCUCUUCGGGUAUGGAGCCCUCCAGGUUGUACUGGGCUAAGGGGAAGGUUGGCAAGCUGCAGGGCUUGCUCAGAAAGCCCUUGCUGCCAUUUCCUCUCUCUGGAGCAUGGCAGCAAGCAGAAGACUUGAAUCUGACCAUUGCUUUUGUUUUUGCAUUCACAGAGACUUUGAGAGAGUUUGGAAGGAGGUUUUAGCAUCGGCCGAUCCAGAAAAGCUAAUCCAUCUCAUGGCCAAGCAGAUUUACCAAAGCCCCUUGGUGGAAUCUGCCACCAAAGUGGUAAGGACCAACCACCUGCUUUCUGGCUUCCUUCUUCCCAGGGUAAUAUCGAGGGGUUCCUGUAUUCUGCAGAAAAGCAGAGAAAGUGACUUGCACCCUCUCUCUUCCAGCAACAUCUCACCAGCCUGUUACACGCCAUCCUCAGGAUGGAGGACUACAAGGCAGCUGUGCGCCACAACUUCCCACAGCUGCUGAUCGCUCUCCUGGGGAUGGUUAUCAACUUCCACUAUGAUCAGGAAUUCCUCGGGUGAGUAGUGUGAUGCAAAGGGACCAAUGAAGUCCUUUCCCUUCAACCUCGGGGGGUUUCCAGUCCAGCUUGGUUUUCCAAGGGAGGCUCUCCUUCAGGCGGCUGCUAGGGAGGAAGGACGGGGAAAGAAUUUGAGUGUGUGCCAAUGACCCUCCUGGUAAAACUGGUCUUGCUUUGGUUCCAGAGGGGCUAAGGAAGUUCUGCACCUCCUUCUUGGCACCACUGGAGAGCAAGUGGAGGCGGCCAUCGUUGACCAACUUUUCUGCCGGGAGACUUUCAGCCAGGGGUUGUCUGCCAUGGUGAGGUAAGAGGAAGAACGCGGUGACCUUCCCCAGUGGUCUGGCAAACGGAGCUGAAGGCACGGGAUCGGACUGUGCCCCUGUUUGCUUCCUGCAGUGUCUUUCCCUUCCUUACCAAGAUCUGCUUCUCCAUUUCAGAGCUGUCGGAAAGCGACGCUGGUGGAUCCCUCCCAUGGUGGAAAGCAUCAUCGCUGCUCUCGGGGACCAGGAUUUUGCCGGGAUGCCACAAGUCGCGGCAGCUAUCUACAUCGAGGUGAGGGGGACUGACGCGGGAGGAAAUGGGUGCAGCAAGGAGGUCCUGGCUUGGUUUCUGCCGAGUGUUGGGCUACUUUGAGCCUAAGGACUGUUGCCUGUUUUAGUGCUCCUCAGAGUAGACCCAUUGGAUUUGAUGUACAUGGCAAACUUUGGUCCAUUCACUUCAGUGGGUUUGCUCUGUGCAGAAUUGCAAAUGGUGGGUAAAAGGAGAACCUGCCUCAGCCUCUCAUCACUGAAGGGUUUCUUUCUCUUUGGGGCUCUUUAGCUGCUCAGCUGCCGUCUGGAGGUCUAUCCCUGUGAAGAUACGCUGGAGCGGCUCCUCAACUGGCUGGAACACGACUACCUGCAAGUCCGGAAGCUCAGCGUCAGAGGGAUAUCCCUGCUUCUGGACUCUGACAUGGCAAGUGAUGCUCAGAGGGAGGGAGGGAGGGGGGGUACAGAUCUUGAUUCUAAUCAUGGCCCAGCACUCUUUUGCUGGCACAAUACUGAAGGGCCUGUGCUAAAAGGCAUGAGGCCUUUCAGACCUUUGAAAAGAUUCUCUCUUUGUGUAGGACCCUUCGCUUCUGCGGCUCUUGCUGCUGGAUUCCCUCUCUUAUGUAGAAGCUGAUGUCCUCCCAGAAUUGAUAGAGCUGGUAGACCAAGCCUACCAUUCCAGGGAGCUGGAAGAGGAAGACCUGAAUAUGCUGGCAGAAACCUACUGCGGCCUGGCUGCCCAUGUGAGUAUGAGGGGAAACAUGACAUCACACCCGGUGGUGGAGGAAUGCUUUGGAAGAGGAAGGGUGGGGUUUAGACUGGCAUGCAGCGGAGAUGUUCUGGCUUCAGGAGGCUGUUCCUCUGGAAAGUGAUCUGAUGAGAAACACAACCUCUGAUAUUUUCUGCCUAUAGGAGGAAGCCUCCGUCCGGGCAUCAGCCAUCGAACAUCUGGGGCUGCUUCGGGGCUGGGUGAGAGACCAAAGACUUCCCAUUACAACAACAGAAGAGGAAGCCAUUCACAAACUGCUUGUGGUCCUCAUUCACCUCGAAGAUGAGGACGAAGUGGCCAAGGUGAGGGCCAAAGAGGUGGACUUAUGCAGUAGGAGGGAGGGAUUGUUCUCAGGAGCUUCCGAGACCUUGUACUGCAAUUUGUAACCCUCUUCUCUUCUUGUGUUGCAGGCCGCAAGGAGGGCUCUUUCCCAUCUAGCCCCAGAAGUCAAGUGGUGGGCUCGUUCCAACAAAUUUAGCCUCCACUUUGCUCUCCACCAGGCUGCCAAGCAUAUGGUAAGGUCCCUGCUCUCAAGACCCGGAGAGCAGGCAGAGGGCAGCAAAGGCUCUCUGCCAUCUUCUGCCCAUCCUGCGGCACAACGAAGGUAAGACUGGAAGAAUGCAUCCCAGCAUGGGGUGGGGGUGAGCAAGACCCAAACUAACCCUUUGGCUUUCCUUUGCAGAGACACUGGCAGGAACGUUAAGGAACCAAAUACUUAUCACCAGAGCUGAGAAGGUCCUCAAAUCCACCGGAGGACCGGUUCCUGAACUGUUCGUGAAUAAUUGUUACUCUCUUGCCAGGGUAAGUCGCUGUCUCUCAAGCCACAUGUUCUGGGUUCUGCAGAGGCAGCACCUGGGCUUUCUGCUCCCCAGCCCUGCCCUGUGGGCAUCUCUGACCUUCCUCUCUCGCUUCGGGUCUUUGGCGCCUUUCUCCUGCGGAGCAGCUCUUGGAGGCCAUGUGCUUCCUGGCCAGAGACCUGGUUGUCGAGAGCAGCUUCAACCCACUGGAUAUCUCCCACUUACUGCAAGAUUUCAUCAAGCAGUUUGGCGGCACAAAAGUGGAGGUAAGGCGUCUGCAAAGGUAGGAGAGAAGCAGAUUCUCUGCUUGGUGUAGGGGAGGCCACCUCAUGCCAUUGGGUGGCCAGGACACAUGUUAGUUGAGAGGGGCCUGGCAAUGUCAGGACAAGAACCUCAGCCAAGGGUCCUGAGAAACAUGGCUUCAGGAAUGGGGAAUUCUCCUCCUUCUGGCGCCCUGGAGCUGCCUGGGUCCAAUACUCCCCAGGACCCUGAGUGGUACCUUGGAAGGAAGAGGCUGUGGUGGCACAGGUCAAGGGUCCCUCUUUCAAUGAGGGAUGGAGGGAUCCGCCUGCAGACAGCCCCGCUUCCUUGUACUCUCCAAGCAACUCUCUCCUUUUCUCUGACAGGUGAAGGUGCUGCUGGAGGCCUUCUGUAAGAUCAGCCAGGGGCCUACAGCGGAAGGCAGAAGUAUGGCCGUCUUCUCGUUGUCCAUCUUGUCGCACCACCACCUGGCGAAAGUGGUGCAAUAUCUCCUCCAGUUUCUCUUCGGGUAUGGAGCCCUCCAGGUUGUACUGGGCUAAGGGGAAGGUUGGCAAGCUGCAGGGCUUGCUCAGAAAGCCCUUGCUGCCAUUUCCUCUCUCUGGAGCAUGGCAGCAAGCAGAAGACUUGAAUCUGACCAUUGCUUUUGUUUUUGCAUUCACAGAGACUUUGAGAGAGUUUGGAAGGAGGUUUUAGCAUCGGCCGAUCCAGAAAAGCUAAUCCAUCUCAUGGCCAAGCAGAUUUACCAAAGCCCCUUGGUGGAAUCUGCCACCAAAGUGGUAAGGACCAACCACCUGCUUUCUGGCUUCCUUCUUCCCAGGGUAAUAUCGAGGGGUUCCUGUAUUCUGCAGAAAAGCAGAGAAAGUGACUUGCACCCUCUCUCUUCCAGCAACAUCUCACCAGCCUGUUACACGCCAUCCUCAGGAUGGAGGACUACAAGGCAGCUGUGCGCCACAACUUCCCACAGCUGCUGAUCGCUCUCCUGGGGAUGGUUAUCAACUUCCACUAUGAUCAGGAAUUCCUCGGGUGAGUAGUGUGAUGCAAAGGGACCAAUGAAGUCCUUUCCCUCAACCUCGGGGGGUUUCCAGUCCAGCUUGGUUUUCCAAGGGAGGCUCUCCUUCAGGCGGCUGCUAGGGAGGAAGGACGGGGAAAGAAUUUGAGUGUGUGCCAAUGACCCUCCUGGUAAAACUGGUCUUGCUUUGGUUCCAGAGGGGCUAAGGAAGUUCUGCACCUCCUUCUUGGCACCACUGGAGAGCAAGUGGAGGCGGCCAUCGUUGACCAACUUUUCUGCCGGGAGACUUUCAGCCAGGGGUUGUCUGCCAUGGUGAGGUAAGAGGAAGAACGCGGUGACCUUCCCCAGUGGUCUGGCAAACGGAGCUGAAGGCACGGGAUCGGACUGUGCCCCUGUUUGCUUCCUGCAGUGUCUUUCCCUUCCUUACCAAGAUCUGCUUCUCCAUUUCAGAGCUGUCGGAAAGCGACGCUGGUGGAUCCCUCCCAUGGUGGAAAGCAUCAUCGCUGCUCUCGGGGACCAGGAUUUUGCCGGGAUGCCACAAGUCGCGGCAGCUAUCUACAUCGAGGUGAGGGGGACUGACGCGGGAGGAAAUGGGUGCAGCAAGGAGGUCCUGGCUUGGUUUCUGCCGAGUGUUGGGCUACUUUGAGCCUAAGGACUGUUGCCUGUUUUAGUGCUCCUCAGAGUAGACCCAUUGGAUUUGAUGUACAUGGCAAACUUUGGUCCAUUCACUUCAGUGGGUUUGCUCUGUGCAGAAUUGCAAAUGGUGGGUAAAAGGAGAACCUGCCUCAGCCUCUCAUCACUGAAGGGUUUCUUUCUCUUUGGGGCUCUUUAGCUGCUCAGCUGCCGUCUGGAGGUCUAUCCCUGUGAAGAUACGCUGGAGCGGCUCCUCAACUGGCUGGAACACGACUACCUGCAAGUCCGGAAGCUCAGCGUCAGAGGGAUAUCCCUGCUUCUGGACUCUGACAUGGCAAGUGAUGCUCAGAGGGAGGGAGGGAGGGGGGGUACAGAUCUUGAUUCUAAUCAUGGCCCAGCACUCUUUUGCUGGCACAAUACUGAAGGGCCUGUGCUAAAAGGCAUGAGGCCUUUCAGACCUUUGAAAAGAUUCUCUCUUUGUGUAGGACCCUUCGCUUCUGCGGCUCUUGCUGCUGGAUUCCCUCUCUUAUGUAGAAGCUGAUGUCCUCCCAGAAUUGAUAGAGCUGGUAGACCAAGCCUACCAUUCCAGGGAGCUGGAAGAGGAAGACCUGAAUAUGCUGGCAGAAACCUACUGCGGCCUGGCUGCCCAUGUGAGUAUGAGGGGAAACAUGACAUCACACCCGGUGGUGGAGGAAUGCUUUGGAAGAGGAAGGGUGGGGUUUAGACUGGCAUGCAGCGGAGAUGUUCUGGCUUCAGGAGGCUGUUCCUCUGGAAAGUGAUCUGAUGAGAAACACAACCUCUGAUAUUUUCUGCCUAUAGGAGGAAGCCUCCGUCCGGGCAUCAGCCAUCGAACAUCUGGGGCUGCUUCGGGGCUGGGUGAGAGACCAAAGACUUCCCAUUACAACAACAGAAGAGGAAGCCAUUCACAAACUGCUUGUGGUCCUCAUUCACCUCGAAGAUGAGGACGAAGUGGCCAAGGUGAGGGCCAAAGAGGUGGACUUAUGCAGUAGGAGGGAGGGAUUGUUCUCAGGAGCUUCCGAGACCUUGUACUGCAAUUUGUAACCCUCUUCUCUUCUUGUGUUGCAGGCCGCAAGGAGGGCUCUUUCCCAUCUAGCCCCAGAAGUCAAGUGGUGGGCUCGUUCCAACAAAUUUAGCCUCCACUUUGCUCUCCACCAGGCUGCCAAGCAUAUGGUAAGGUCCCUGCUCUCAAGACCCGGAGAGCAGGCAGAGGGCAGCAAAGGCUCUCUGCCAUCUUCUGCCCAUCCUGCGGCACAACGAAGGUAAGACUGGAAGAAUGCAUCCCAGCAUGGGGUGGGGGUGAGCAAGACCCAAACUAACCCUUUGGCUUUCCUUUGCAGAGACACUGGCAGGAACGUUAAGGAACCAAAUACUUAUCACCAGAGCUGAGAAGGUCCUCAAAUCCACCGGAGGACCGGUUCCUGAACUGUUCGUGAAUAAUUGUUACUCUCUUGCCAGGGUAAGUCGCUGUCUCUCAAGCCACAUGUUCUGGGUUCUGCAGAGGCAGCACCUGGGCUUUCUGCUCCCCAGCCCUGCCCUGUGGGCAUCUCUGACCUUCCUCUCUCGCUUCGGGUCUUUGGCGCCUUUCUCCUGCGGAGCAGCUCUUGGAGGCCAUGUGCUUCCUGGCCAGAGACCUGGUUGUCGAGAGCAGCUUCAACCCACUGGAUAUCUCCCACUUACUGCAAGAUUUCAUCAAGCAGUUUGGCGGCACAAAAGUGGAGGUAAGGCGUCUGCAAAGGUAGGAGAGAAGCAGAUUCUCUGCUUGGUGUAGGGGAGGCCACCUCAUGCCAUUGGGUGGCCAGGACACAUGUUAGUUGAGAGGGGCCUGGCAAUGUCAGGACAAGAACCUCAGCCAAGGGUCCUGAGAAACAUGGCUUCAGGAAUGGGGAAUUCUCCUCCUUCUGGCGCCCUGGAGCUGCCUGGGUCCAAUACUCCCCAGGACCCUGAGUGGUACCUUGGAAGGAAGAGGCUGUGGUGGCACAGGUCAAGGGUCCCUCUUUCAAUGAGGGAUGGAGGGAUCCGCCUGCAGACAGCCCCGCUUCCUUGUACUCUCCAAGCAACUCUCUCCUUUUCUCUGACAGGUGAAGGUGCUGCUGGAGGCCUUCUGUAAGAUCAGCCAGGGGCCUACAGCGGAAGGCAGAAGUAUGGCCGUCUUCUCGUUGUCCAUCUUGUCGCACCACCACCUGGCGAAAGUGGUGCAAUAUCUCCUCCAGUUUCUCUUCGGGUAUGGAGCCCUCCAGGUUGUACUGGGCUAAGGGGAAGGUUGGCAAGCUGCAGGGCUUGCUCAGAAAGCCCUUGCUGCCAUUUCCUCUCUCUGGAGCAUGGCAGCAAGCAGAAGACUUGAAUCUGACCAUUGCUUUUGUUUUUGCAUUCACAGAGACUUUGAGAGAGUUUGGAAGGAGGUUUUAGCAUCGGCCGAUCCAGAAAAGCUAAUCCAUCUCAUGGCCAAGCAGAUUUACCAAAGCCCCUUGGUGGAAUCUGCCACCAAAGUGGUAAGGACCAACCACCUGCUUUCUGGCUUCCUUCUUCCCAGGGUAAUAUCGAGGGGUUCCUGUAUUCUGCAGAAAAGCAGAGAAAGUGACUUGCACCCCUCUCUCUUCCAGCAACAUCUCACCAGCCUGUUACACGCCAUCCUCAGGAUGGAGGACUACAAGGCAGCUGUGCGCCACAACUUCCCACAGCUGCUGAUCGCUCUCCUGGGGAUGGUUAUCAACUUCCACUAUGAUCAGGAAUUCCUCGGGUGAGUAGUGUGAUGCAAAGGGACCAAUGAAGUCCUUUCCCCUUCAACCUCGGGGGGUUUCCAGUCCAGCUUGGUUUUCCAAGGGAGGCUCUCCUUCAGGCGGCUGCUAGGGAGGAAGGACGGGGAAAGAAUUUGAGUGUGUGCCAAUGACCCUCCUGGUAAAACUGGUCUUGCUUUGGUUCCAGAGGGGCUAAGGAAGUUCUGCACCUCCUUCUUGGCACCACUGGAGAGCAAGUGGAGGCGGCCAUCGUUGACCAACUUUUCUGCCGGGAGACUUUCAGCCAGGGGUUGUCUGCCAUGGUGAGGUAAGAGGAAGAACGCGGUGACCUUCCCCAGUGGUCUGGCAAACGGAGCUGAAGGCACGGGAUCGGACUGUGCCCCUGUUUGCUUCCUGCAGUGUCUUUCCCUUCCUUACCAAGAUCUGCUUCUCCAUUUCAGAGCUGUCGGAAAGCGACGCUGGUGGAUCCCUCCCAUGGUGGAAAGCAUCAUCGCUGCUCUCGGGGACCAGGAUUUUGCCGGGAUGCCACAAGUCGCGGCAGCUAUCUACAUCGAGGUGAGGGGGACUGACGCGGGAGGAAAUGGGUGCAGCAAGGAGGUCCUGGCUUGGUUUCUGCCGAGUGUUGGGCUACUUUGAGCCUAAGGACUGUUGCCUGUUUUAGUGCUCCUCAGAGUAGACCCAUUGGAUUUGAUGUACAUGGCAAACUUUGGUCCAUUCACUUCAGUGGGUUUGCUCUGUGCAGAAUUGCAAAUGGUGGGUAAAAGGAGAACCUGCCUCAGCCUCUCAUCACUGAAGGGUUUCUUUCUCUUUGGGGCUCUUUAGCUGCUCAGCUGCCGUCUGGAGGUCUAUCCCUGUGAAGAUACGCUGGAGCGGCUCCUCAACUGGCUGGAACACGACUACCUGCAAGUCCGGAAGCUCAGCGUCAGAGGGAUAUCCCUGCUUCUGGACUCUGACAUGGCAAGUGAUGCUCAGAGGGAGGGAGGGAGGGGGGGUACAGAUCUUGAUUCUAAUCAUGGCCCAGCACUCUUUUGCUGGCACAAUACUGAAGGGCCUGUGCUAAAGGCAUGAGGCCUUUCAGACCUUUGAAAAGAUUCUCUCUUUUGUGUAGGACCCUUCGCUUCUGCGGCUCUUGCUGCUGGAUUCCCUCUCUUAUGUAGAAGCUGAUGUCCUCCCAGAAUUGAUAGAGCUGGUAGACCAAGCCUACCAUUCCAGGGAGCUGGAAGAGGAAGACCUGAAUAUGCUGGCAGAAACCUACUGCGGCCUGGCUGCCCAUGUGAGUAUGAGGGGAAACAUGACAUCACACCCGGUGGUGGAGGAAUGCUUUGGAAGAGGAAGGGUGGGGUUUAGACUGGCAUGCAGCGGAGAUGUUCUGGCUUCAGGAGGCUGUUCCUCUGGAAAGUGAUCUGAUGAGAAACACAACCUCUGAUAUUUUCUGCCUAUAGGAGGAAGCCUCCGUCCGGGCAUCAGCCAUCGAACAUCUGGGGCUGCUUCGGGGCUGGGUGAGAGACCAAAGACUUCCCAUUACAACAACAGAAGAGGAAGCCAUUCACAAACUGCUUGUGGUCCUCAUUCACCUCGAAGAUGAGGACGAAGUGGCCAAGGUGAGGGCCAAAGAGGUGGACUUAUGCAGUAGGAGGGAGGGAUUGUUCUCAGGAGCUUCCGAGACCUUGUACUGCAAUUUGUAACCCUCUUCUCUUCUUGUGUUGCAGGCCGCAAGGAGGGCUCUUUCCCAUCUAGCCCCAGAAGUCAAGUGGUGGGCUCGUUCCAACAAAUUUAGCCUCCACUUUGCUCUCCACCAGGCUGCCAAGCAUAUGGUAAGGUCCCUGCUCUCAAGACCCGGAGAGCAGGCAGAGGGCAGCAAAGGCUCUCUGCCAUCUUCUGCCCAUCCUGCGGCACAACGAAGGUAAGACUGGAAGAAUGCAUCCCAGCAUGGGGUGGGGGUGAGCAAGACCCAAACUAACCCUUUGGCUUUCCUUUGCAGAGACACUGGCAGGAACGUUAAGGAACCAAAUACUUAUCACCAGAGCUGAGAAGGUCCUCAAAUCCACCGGAGGACCGGUUCCUGAACUGUUCGUGAAUAAUUGUUACUCUCUUGCCAGGGUAAGUCGCUGUCUCUCAAGCCACAUGUUCUGGGUUCUGCAGAGGCAGGACCUGGGCUUUCUGCUCCCCAGCCCUGCCCUGUGGGCAUCUCUGACCUUCCUCUCUCGCUUCGGGUCUUUGGCGCCUUUCUCCCUGCGGAGCAGCUCUUGGAGGCCAUGUGCUUCCUGGCCAGAGACCUGGUUGUCGAGAGCAGCUUCAACCCACUGGAUAUCUCCCACUUACUGCAAGAUUUCAUCAAGCAGUUUGGCGGCACAAAAGUGGAGGUAAGGCGUCUGCAAAGGUAGGAGAGAAGCAGAUUCUCUGCUUGGUGUAGGGGAGGCCACCUCAUGCCAUUGGGUGGCCAGGACACAUGUUAGUUGAGAGGGGCCUGGCAAUGUCAGGACAAGAACCUCAGCCAAGGGUCCUGAGAAACAUGGCUUCAGGAAUGGGGAAUUCUCCUCCUUCUGGCGCCCUGGAGCUGCCUGGGUCCAAUACUCCCCAGGACCCUGAGUGGUACCUUGGAAGGAAGAGGCUGUGGUGGCACAGGUCAAGGGUCCCUCUUUCAAUGAGGGAUGGAGGGAUCCGCCUGCAGACAGCCCCGCUUCCUUGUACUCUCCAAGCAACUCUCUCCUUUUCUCUGACAGGUGAAGGUGCUGCUGGAGGCCUUCUGUAAGAUCAGCCAGGGGCCUACAGCGGAAGGCAGAAGUAUGGCCGUCUUCUCGUUGUCCAUCUUGUCGCACCACCACCUGGCGAAAGUGGUGCAAUAUCUCCUCCAGUUUCUCUUCGGGUAUGGAGCCCUCCAGGUUGUACUGGGCUAAGGGGAAGGUUGGCAAGCUGCAGGGCUUGCUCAGAAAGCCCUUGCUGCCAUUUCCUCUCUCUGGAGCAUGGCAGCAAGCAGAAGACUUGAAUCUGACCAUUGCUUUUGUUUUUGCAUUCACAGAGACUUUGAGAGAGUUUGGAAGGAGGUUUUAGCAUCGGCCGAUCCAGAAAAGCUAAUCCAUCUCAUGGCCAAGCAGAUUUACCAAAGCCCCUUGGUGGAAUCUGCCACCAAAGUGGUAAGGACCAACCACCUGCUUUCUGGCUUCCUUCUUCCCAGGGUAAUAUCGAGGGGUUCCUGUAUUCUGCAGAAAAGCAGAGAAAGUGACUUGCACCCUCUCUCUUCCAGCAACAUCUCACCAGCCUGUUACACGCCAUCCUCAGGAUGGAGGACUACAAGGCAGCUGUGCGCCACAACUUCCCACAGCUGCUGAUCGCUCUCCUGGGGAUGGUUAUCAACUUCCACUAUGAUCAGGAAUUCCUCGGGUGAGUAGUGUGAUGCAAAGGGACCAAUGAAGUCCUUUCCCCUUCAACCUCGGGGGGUUUCCAGUCCAGCUUGGUUUUCCAAGGGAGGCUCUCCUUCAGGCGGCUGCUAGGGAGGAAGGACGGGGAAAGAAUUUGAGUGUGUGCCAAUGACCCUCCUGGUAAAACUGGUCUUGCUUUGGUUCCAGAGGGGCUAAGGAAGUUCUGCACCUCCUUCUUGGCACCACUGGAGAGCAAGUGGAGGCGGCCAUCGUUGACCAACUUUUCUGCCGGGAGACUUUCAGCCAGGGGUUGUCUGCCAUGGUGAGGUAAGAGGAAGAACGCGGUGACCUUCCCCAGUGGUCUGGCAAACGGAGCUGAAGGCACGGGAUCGGACUGUGCCCCUGUUUGCUUCCUGCAGUGUCUUUCCCUUCCUUACCAAGAUCUGCUUCUCCAUUUCAGAGCUGUCGGAAAGCGACGCUGGUGGAUCCCUCCCAUGGUGGAAAGCAUCAUCGCUGCUCUCGGGGACCAGGAUUUUGCCGGGAUGCCACAAGUCGCGGCAGCUAUCUACAUCGAGGUGAGGGGGACUGACGCGGGAGGAAAUGGGUGCAGCAAGGAGGUCCUGGCUUGGUUUCUGCCGAGUGUUGGGCUACUUUGAGCCUAAGGACUGUUGCCUGUUUUAGUGCUCCUCAGAGUAGACCCAUUGGAUUUGAUGUACAUGGCAAACUUUGGUCCAUUCACUUCAGUGGGUUUGCUCUGUGCAGAAUUGCAAAUGGUGGGUAAAAGGAGAACCUGCCUCAGCCUCUCAUCACUGAAGGGUUUCUUUCUCUUUGGGGCUCUUUAGCUGCUCAGCUGCCGUCUGGAGGUCUAUCCCUGUGAAGAUACGCUGGAGCGGCUCCUCAACUGGCUGGAACACGACUACCUGCAAGUCCGGAAGCUCAGCGUCAGAGGGAUAUCCCUGCUUCUGGACUCUGACAUGGCAAGUGAUGCUCAGAGGGAGGGAGGGAGGGGGGUACAGAUCUUGAUUCUAAUCAUGGCCCAGCACUCUUUUGCUGGCACAAUACUGAAGGGCCUGUGCUAAAAGGCAUGAGGCCUUUCAGACCUUUGAAAAGAUUCUCUCUUUUGUGUAGGACCCUUCGCUUCUGCGGCUCUUGCUGCUGGAUUCCCUCUCUUAUGUAGAAGCUGAUGUCCUCCCAGAAUUGAUAGAGCUGGUAGACCAAGCCUACCAUUCCAGGGAGCUGGAAGAGGAAGACCUGAAUAUGCUGGCAGAAACCUACUGCGGCCUGGCUGCCCAUGUGAGUAUGAGGGGAAACAUGACAUCACACCCGGUGGUGGAGGAAUGCUUUGGAAGAGGAAGGGUGGGGUUUAGACUGGCAUGCAGCGGAGAUGUUCUGGCUUCAGGAGGCUGUUCCUCUGGAAAGUGAUCUGAUGAGAAACACAACCUCUGAUAUUUUCUGCCUAUAGGAGGAAGCCUCCGUCCGGGCAUCAGCCAUCGAACAUCUGGGGCUGCUUCGGGGCUGGGUGAGAGACCAAAGACUUCCCAUUACAACAACAGAAGAGGAAGCCAUUCACAAACUGCUUGUGGUCCUCAUUCACCUCGAAGAUGAGGACGAAGUGGCCAAGGUGAGGGCCAAAGAGGUGGACUUAUGCAGUAGGAGGGAGGGAUUGUUCUCAGGAGCUUCCGAGACCUUGUACUGCAAUUUGUAACCCUCUUCUCUUCUUGUGUUGCAGGCCGCAAGGAGGGCUCUUUCCCAUCUAGCCCCAGAAGUCAAGUGGUGGGCUCGUUCCAACAAAUUUAGCCUCCACUUUGCUCUCCACCAGGCUGCCAAGCAUAUGGUAAGGUCCCUGCUCUCAAGACCCGGAGAGCAGGCAGAGGGCAGCAAAGGCUCUCUGCCAUCUUCUGCCCAUCCUGCGGCACAACGAAGGUAAGACUGGAAGAAUGCAUCCCAGCAUGGGGUGGGGGUGAGCAAGACCCAAACUAACCCUUUGGCUUUCCUUUGCAGAGACACUGGCAGGAACGUUAAGGAACCAAAUACUUAUCACCAGAGCUGAGAAGGUCCUCAAAUCCACCGGAGGACCGGUUCCUGAACUGUUCGUGAAUAAUUGUUACUCUCUUGCCAGGGUAAGUCGCUGUCUCUCAAGCCACAUGUUCUGGGUUCUGCAGUACUUUCAGAAACGGAGGAGCCAUGCUGACUACCUGUCGCCAGCCACCACCGGAGUAACUCACUUUGCCGCAAGAUUACAUCGCGCAUCACAAGCGGAGGUCAAGGCUCGCAGCUGA